AUGUCAACCCAAAACGAACCAUUUUACCUCCGUUACUACUCAGGUCACUCUGGGCGGUUCGGACAUGAGUUUCUAGAGUUCGACUUCCGUACCCUUGGCGAUGGCCGCAGUGCUGCCGUGCGAUAUGCGAACAACUCCAACUACCGCAAUGAUUCUCUGAUUCGGAAAGAAAUGUGCGUGAGCGCGUCGAUGAUUCAGGAGGUGAAGCGCAUUAUCAAAGAAAGUGAGAUCAUGAAGGAGGAUGACUCCAAAUGGCCCCAGAAGAACAAGGAUGGACGUCAGGAACUUGAGAUUCGGCUUGGGAAUGAGCAUAUCUCCUUUGAGACUGCGAAAAUCGGCUCAUUGGUGGAUGUGACUGAAUCUGCGGACCCGGAAGGCCUGCGAGUGUUCUACUAUCUCGUCCAGGACCUGAAGGCCCUCAUCUUCUCGCUUAUUUCGCUCCAUUUCAAGGUAAAUACGGCUUCCGCUGUUUCUAUUUCCUUUGAGAGUAUCGAGUCUAAUUCGGUUAAUAGAUCAAACCUAUCUAAAUGGUGA